AUGUUAAGCAGGACGAAGAAAGAGUACCUGGAGUGUGAGUUCAAUAAUGUGACAUCUGAGCUAGAGGUGGAAGUGAAGAUUGAGGCACUAGUAAUUCCUAUGAGGGACAACUUCAAGUAUCUUGGGUCCAUAAUCAAAGGAUAUGGGAAGAUUGACGCUGACGUCGCACACCGUAUUAAGGUGGGGCUGGCGAAAUGGAGGCUCGCCUCUAAGGUACUGUGCCAUAAGAAAGUGUUGCAGAGGCUAAAAGGUAAGUUCUACGGAGUGGUUGUUAGACCAACAGUUUUGUAUUGGGCAGAGCGUUGGCCAGUCAGGAAUGCCCACAUUGAGAAGAUGAAUGUGGAGGAGAUGAGAAUGCUUAGAUAG